AUGGAGUCUCAUAUCAGGAAGAGUUCCGUUAAAAGAAAGAGUGAUAUCCGGCAUUAUCUGAAGGUAAGCCUUAUUCUGAAGAGGGAUUACCUUACCUCAAUCUUCCAAAGAACAUAAGGGGUAGUUACUGAAUAUUUUUAUUUGCUGUCUGUAGAAAUUAUUGCUGGUUAAAUACUGCCACUGUCUACUUCUGUUUAAUAGCCUUUGUGUGCACAAUUGAAAUAUCACCUCGCUUCCAUCCAGCCCUUUUAUGUUGGGUCCAGGGAUUAAAGCAAAGCUACACCCUUGCACUGAGGAACAAAACCACACAGGGCCUGUUAGAUGCUUACUAUAAAUUGGGGUAUUAAUAUCCCAAGAUUGCUCUCUUUUUGCCCUGCCCUUUUCAUCCUACCCUUCCUUGUGUCCAUUUGAGUGAUUGUCAGUGGCUGCUGGUUGCUGGACUAGUAAGCAAAGGUCAGCACCCACCCUAUGCAUUUCACCUGCAUGACUCACUAACUAGCAUAACAGUACUAACCAGGGCGGAUCAGAACCUGCUUCUUUUACUUUUGAAGGCGGAGCAGGGCAGGGGAACAUUGUUCAGCUGAAAGGCUACAUGGUGGUGGUAGGCAGGUCUGGAGCCCCAAAGUAGGCAGAACAUCAAAUGUAAGUUUAACCUUUGCAUAGCUGGCUAGUUCCUCCACAAACUCACACACCCCUCUAUCCUCCAUUGAGGCAAGCAAGACACGUCAGUAAUCAAGGGUGCAAAUCAAUCUAACCUGGACGGGAAUAACAUUUGUAAUGUCCCCUGCUCUGGCACUGCUGAGGGUAGAGAUAAUCCCCACUCAGAGACCAUCAAAUGAAGAUCUGUUAGCCUUUUUAUUGACUGCUGCAUGAAUGGAAAUUGCUAAGUGCUAGAAACCGAGGAAGGUUCUAGUAUUGAAUCUUGGUACUCCGGAGUUUGGUCAGUUGCAUUAGCCAAAAUACUGACUAAUAAUAAUGAUAGUAAUAAUUUAUUUAUUGGACUCUGCCCAUCUGACUGGGUUGCCCCAGCCACUCUGAGUGGCUUCCAACAGAAUAUAAACGAACACAACCAAACAUUAAAAACUUUCCUAAACAGGGCUGCCUUCAGAUGUCUUCUAAAAGUCAGAUAGUUGUUUAUUUCUUUGACAUCUGAUGGGAGGGCAUUCCACAGGGCGGGCGCCACCACCAAAAAGGCCCUCUGCCUGGUUCCCUGUAACUUCACUUCUCGCAGUGAGGGAACUGCCAGAAGGCCCUCAGAGCUGGACCUCAUUCCAGCCAGGCAAAAAUACUAAAAAGAAGGUUUCAAAGCAGGCCUGGUGAGGGGAUGUAGCCUGGUAAGGGCCAAACAGAAGGGCUUGGGGGGCCUCAUUUGAUCCUUAGGCCUAAGAUUCCCUAUCCCUAAACUAGAGCUUAGCCAUAGGUUUCCCUCCUACUGUGUGCAAGCAGAGAGGGGAAAGUCCUUGUCUGACGAGUCUUGUUACCACAGAGAAACUGUAAAAAAAAAAAAAAAAAGCAGUGAAAGCUCCUGUUGGACAGCACUGAUGAUGAAAAGAACGUUGAAAGCAACACAGAGGAAUCGGGUUGUCAAACUAUUUCAGACCCCCCCCCCCCAAGUGUCCCUAUUCUCCAGGGACAGUCCUGGAUUUACAGAAGCUGUCCCAGUUUCUGAUUUGUUUCUGGAAUGUCCCACUUUUCCUUAGGAUGUCCCUAUUUUCAUCAGAGAAAUGCUGGAGGGUAUGGAGUUAUGUGACCCCUGAGCCAAGGAGAUAAGAAACUAUACAACCUUUAGAAGGCAGCCCUUUAUAGGGAAGUUUUUAAAAUGUUUAAUGUUUUAAUGUGUGUGGGAAGCUCCAGAUGUUGUUGUUUUUGUUGUUGUUGUUGUUAAAUAGGUUGUCCCUAUUUUCAUCAAAGAAAUGUUGGAGGGUAUGCUAUUUGUUUUCACAGUACCCCCUUUGCCUUUCAAAGCUGCAUCACAAUAGAGUAAUAAGAAUAGCUUUCCUCACCACAAUCCUGUGCGGAUAUGUUUAUGCCACUUGCAUUGUUUGUCUAGACGUUUUCAAAGACAUGAGAGCCUUGCUCUAUGGCAACCCCAUACAUGACCCCUUUCUGUUGGUCACUUAUGGAAAGCUUGCUGGCGUGGACCAGGAAUGUAGUAACAUUUGUUGCCUCUGGGCCAGAUGAACUGUAGCAUAACUGGCUGUGGACACAAAGGAAACAUGGUGCUACUCAUGAGUAGCAGCAAAUGCAACAGAGUUACUGUGACUCAUUAGGAAUCAAGUCAGAGAAGGUGCCAUGCCACCAUAUUUGUUGUUUCCGUAUUCUGCCAGGAGCACGCCUGGCAGUAGCGCUGCGCCUAUAUUCUUCAGGCCUCAGCCUAGCUCCCCACUUUUCUCUUUGUGUGUGUUCACUGGUAUUCCUGCUAUGGUCUACAUCAGGCAUAGGUAAACUCGGCCCUCUAGAUGUUUUGGGACUACAAUUCCCAUCAUCCCUGACCACUGGUCCUGUUAGCUAGGGAUGAUGGGAGUUGUAGUCCCAAAACAACUGGAGGGCCAAGUUUGCCUAUGCCUGGUCUGCAUGUAAGCAGCUACCAUCUGCAAGCAUGCUGUUUUUUAAAAAAGAAAACCACAAAGAAAAUAUAUUAUUUGUUGACUUCCCCCUUUUUUUACAGUGCGAAAAUGAGGCAAGCCCAAGUGUCAAAAGACUGAGAUCUACAAAUGCAUCCACUCUUAAGAAUCAUCCUACAAGAAAUACUCUUCCUAGCAGUGAGAAAUCAACAGGUGAAGAACGAGAAUUCACUGUGAAUUUAGCUGGUGAUGGGAAGGAUCACGUGGUGAAAGGCAGUCUCCAUGACAGUGUGCUUUCUGCCCUCAAGGCAACAAAAGAUAUUUGCACCCGUAUGGAGAAAAGCAAGGGCAAAGAGAUCUACCUUAUAGGGAAGAAGGGGAUUGAGGGUUGCAUUAAUCUGGGGAUGCCUCUGAAGUAUAUGCCAGGCGGCUCCCAUUGUGUAAUGAAAUGCUAUAAGGUUCAGCAACUUGAGGACUCUGCUGGCUUAGGGUAUCGCCAGCAUGAAAACAGGGAAGAGGAAUGUAUUUUGUUCUUCAUUGACCCCAAGCCGACACAAAACAAUAAGUUGAUUAGAUGCAGUCAACUUCUUAAGGAAUACUGCAAGCUGUGUGUCUGUGCACCAAAAGGAGAAACCAUAAAAGAUGCCCUGUGCAGUGAUGGUCGUUUCACGCCUGAGCUAAAGGAAAAAGACUGGAGACUGAUGAAGGGUAGCAAGGCCAUAGCUAACACUCAUUCAGUUAACAAUUUAUCUGACAAGACCUUUUAUGUGGAAAUGACGAAAUCUGCUAAAUCUGGUGGCGGUGCAAAUAGCCAACAGAUUCCCCAGGUGCCUCAUGGGAGGCAGCUCCAAACCUGUCAUUAUUUUAAAAUUGAUCUCCUAAGCUUCUAUCCUGGCUUAAAGGAUCAAAAGGAGAUCAUGGAUAACUUCUUUGCAAAAACCAAGGAGGCACAGGAGCAUAAAAGGGAGGUCCUCAGAGUGUGCAGAGCAAACUAUAACAAGGAGAUAAGCAAUGCCAUAACGGUUAAGAUGUUAAAGAAGCAGGCAACUCUCAGUCAGUCAGUUGGGUACAUAAAGUGGGGCAUUUCCAGAAAGGAGGGUGAAGCUACUUGCUUUGUGUUGUGUAAUAGCUACAUACUAACUUGCCACCAUGUGGUAAGAUCGAUCGUUGGAGAAGGGAUUGAAGAAAAGGAGUGGGCAUCCAAAAUCAGCAAGGCAGCCCAUGUAACAUUCUCCUAUGAAGGCGACCACCCCAAAGAUGAAGACUUUUUUUCACUUGAGGAGUGGUUUGAAAUAUAUGAUGUUGUUCUUGAUUUUGCCAUCCUGAAACUGAAGGAAAAUGGAAACAAAAGUAGACUUCCUGCAGGCUUGGUAAAGUUAUGUUCCCCUCCACCAUUUGAUGGGCUUACUUACAUCAUUGGUCACCCAGGUGGAGAAACAAAGUCUCUGGAUGCCUGUUCUGUUGUCACUGUGUGUAAGCGUCAGAAGGAAUCUCUUGAUCGUUGGCAGCAGGGUAAUGAGGCAGAACACAGCAACACCAACUGUGGUUAUGAUCCCAAGAGCUGCAUCCAUAUGUUCAAUCCAGGAGUUUUCUUUCCUGUUUUCAACAACCCUGAUGUACUCACCUAUGAUACAUCUUUUUUCUGGGGGUCUUCAGGUUCCCCUGUGUUUGAUAGAGAUGGCCAACUUGUUGCAAUGCAUGCUGCUGGCUACGUUUAUGGAAACAACUCCAAGCAGCGCAGCAUAAUUGAAUUUGGCUAUUUGAUGACGUCAAUCCUCUCAGUAAUUGAAAAGAAGGAUAAAUCUUGGUAUGACUCUGAAAUUGGUCCUUUCCGACAGGCUUCUUAUGCUACAGAAGAGGCCACCGUGUGUGUUGAGCCUAUGGAUGUGGAUUAA